UGGUGAUGGCUGGUCUUUAGUUAGGUCUUCUAUAGGAAAUCCAAAACUGAAGACAGCGAUACAUGUAAUGGAAGGUCGGGCUGUUCCCAUCGAUCGUCGUUCUUGGAGUUGGAGUUCUCAUGGCAAAGAUUAAGCCAGCGCAGUUUGGUUGCUUGGAUGCAAGUUUUUUUCUUCUUCAAGAGGCGUCUUUCGGACCACGCUCGGUUAGAAUGGAAAUUAUUCAAGGUUUUCAGGGGAAGAAGUAUACCACCUUGGUGAUCAGUGCGGUCUCAUCUGCACCAUCCACUCCACGCCGUGACGAUCUCAGAAAUCGUCAAAAGUUGGAUGUCAUUCGUUGUGCAAGAAACAAUACAAUACAUUCAUCAUAAAGAUGGCGCGGUUUGACAAUAUUAUUGGAAUGAGGGCCUUUUUGAUCACUGCAUCCGUCCUUGUAUCAUCGGGAGUAUGGUCACUGGCAGACCCAUCCCCAAAUGGCGGUGAAGGCCGCUCUCCCUCUUACAAUGCGAUACUACAAGAGGGGGAUGACCAUGAUGCAAACGGGCCUUCCUCAAAUGGCAAAACAUCGCAAUUUGCCUUUUUCUCCCAGCUCUCUGCGCCUGGCUGCAGACUCGACUCGUUCCCUGGAAUAAUAAUAAUGAACCAGCCACACCAAAAGAAAUAGUUCGGAGGGCAGUGAAGCGAAAUGAUGUCUCUACCCUGCAACACUUCAUUAUUAUUGCAGAAGAAGAACCUAUCGAGUAUGUGGAUUCUCUUCUGGAAGGAAAACAAACCUUGUUGCACUGGGCUGCUGAAAAGGGUCAUACGCCUUUGGUAGAAGCAUUGCUGGAUCGAGGAGCCAAUGCUUCUUCGAUUGAAAGUUGGGAUGGUAUGACACCACUUUGUAGAGCUGUAAGGGGAGGUCACAUGGAUAUAGUGGAGUUGCUACUGGAUCAUGGAGCAGAGGUUGACAACAAAACAGUUAGUUGCAAAUGCUAUUGGCAUUGGCCAUGCUGAAAUCUUGAAAAAGUUGCUUGGGCAAGCAUCAUCUGAAGACAUCCUGUCGGAGGGGAAGCUUUUGCUCUGUCUAGAGGCGGCUUGUGAGUCUGGGUAUGCCGAUUGCGUCAAAGCGUUGUUUGAUCAAGAUGUCUUGGCGGUGACUGCAGGGGAGAACAUUUGGCGUGCUCUUUGUAUAGCCUCCCGUAGUGGCCAUUCUGACAUUGUUGAGCUAUUGUUGCAAAAAGCUGACAAUACAUUCGACGUCAACAGAGGAGGUUUAAACGGAGACACUGCCCUUCACCUAGCCUCACAUUGUGGCCAUGUUGGAGUUGUGAAAACACUGCUUGACCACGCUGUCAAGUUGGAUGUUAAUGCAAAGAAGGAUAAUGGGAAGACUGCACUUCAUGAAGCCUCACUUUGGGGUCAUGGCGGAGUUGUGAAAGUUUUGCUGCGUCAUGCUGUCGACUUGGAUGUCGACGCAGAGGACAAUUAUGGGAAUGCCCCCCUACAUGUUGCCGCAAGCGAAGGGCUUUCUGAAGUUGUCAAAAUGCUGCUGUAUCACAGUGAUUCAAAUGUCAACGAAAAGAACUUGGUGGGCAGCACCGCCCUUCAUGAAGCUGCCCGGAGAGGCCAUGCUACCGUUGUGAGAGAACUGCUGAUUCAUUUUCGGUUGAACAUCAAUGCAAAGAAUGAUAAUGGAAACACUGCUCUUCAUCAAGCUGCAUGGGCAGGCCAUGCGGAAGUUGUGAAGGCAUUGCUUGGCCAUGAAGACUUGGAUCUCCAUAUCAGGAACAAGUACGGUGAGACUGCCAUCUAUAUUGCUCAAAACAAGGGAUUCAACAAAGGGCUACGUAUCUUGGAGGGCGCAGGUGCAUACUAGAAGGUGGAAACGAUAUUUGCAUCGUGGGCCGUUGCAUGCGCCAACCUUGCUGCCUAGAGCUAGCUAGCUUGAGCAGUUUCUAAAGUACGUACGGUCAAGAAAGGAUAGAGACCCUUGCAGC